CGCGUUUAGGGGAGCGGGACUAGCCGGCAAGCCCAGGUGGAACUGGCCGGAGCGGCCGCUGGACGUAAGCCCGGGAGCCUGUGAGCCGCACGUGACACUAGCACAAUCACUGGACAACAGUACUUGUCACUGGUGACACAUCUCAGUAAAAGGUGGCGGCACCGGAAGGUACUUCCUGUCUUGUGGAGGAGACCGGCCCCAGGUGUCACCCGGCACAGGGUGUGGGCUUUUGACCGGCUUGGCCUCCCUUCCUGCAGAGCAGGACGGAGUCUGAGGAUAAAGCGGCAGCAUGGACUGGGGCACGCUGCAUACGUUCAUCGGGGGCGUGAACAAACACUCCACCAGCAUCGGGAAGGUGUGGAUCACCGUCAUCUUCAUCUUCCGCGUCAUGAUCCUGGUGGUGGCCGCCCAGGAGGUGUGGGGCGAUGAGCAGGCCGACUUCGUGUGCAACACGCUGCAGCCCGGGUGCAAGAACGUGUGCUACGACCACUUCUUCCCCGUGUCCCACAUCCGGCUCUGGGCGCUGCAGCUCAUCUUCGUGUCCACGCCGGCCCUGCUGGUGGCCAUGCACGUGGCCUACUACAGACAGGAGGCUGCGCGCCGGUUCAGGCGCGGGGAGAAGAGGAACGAGUUCAAGGAUCUGGAAGACAUCAAACGGCAGAAGAUCCGGAUCGAGGGCUCCCUGUGGUGGACCUACAGCAGCAGCAUCUUCUUCCGAAUCAUCUUCGAGGCCGCCUUCAUGUACGUGUUCUACUUCCUGUACAACGGGUACCACCUGCCCUGGGUGCUGAAGUGCGGCAUCGACCCCUGCCCCAACCUCGUGGACUGCUUCAUCUCCAGGCCCACGGAGAAGACCGUGUUCACCAUCUUCAUGAUCUCCGCGUCCGUGAUCUGCAUGCUGCUCAACGUGGCCGAGCUGUGUUACCUGCUGCUCAAAGUGUGCUUCAGGAGAUCCAAGCGAGCACAGACGCAAAGAACCCCCCCCAACCACGCCCUCAAAGAGAGUAAACAGAACGAGAUGAAUGAGCUGAUUUCCGAGAGCGGGCAGAACGCCAUCACGGGGUUUCCUAGUUAAACGGGGCCAGGCACCGCGCAGCUGACGUAGCGUCGCGGAACUGCGGCCUUCCCCAGAAGGCAGCGCCGACCGGGCGUCCUGGCUCUCAGCUGAGACUCUGUCCUUACAAACGGCUUUCACCAUUCAUAGACACCCGAGUUAGCUUUCUGUAGAAUAAUUGGGCCAUGAAUGUGCCACGUAAUCAAAUGUGUGGCCCGGCUCUACAGCCGGGCCUCGGUGUGACUUUUACAUGUGGGUUUAAGUGGACUGUCUGACAUGGCGGUAUUUCCUGAAAAUUUAAGGACGUAACUGUUAUCGACAAAACAUUUAUCUAGAAAUUGAUACUUUUAUUAGGAAGAGAUAUUUUUAUAGGAUUGAAUGUUUUAGUUCUGAUUUUGAAUUUAUGUAAAGUAUUUUUAUAAUGACUGGUCUUCCUUACCUGGGAAGACACACAAUGUUAAUUUUAGAAUCAUGCCUUCAGUGUCUAAUAUUUAAGCUUCCUCUGUCUCGUCGUAGGUAUUGUUUUUCCUUGUCUGCUGACAAAUGUGUGACCUGUCAUGGCUCUUAGGGUGGAAAGGGUUCACUGUACCAUGUAUUUUCACUGCUGUCUGGGCAUGGCCGGAACUGUAUGGAAGCGGGAAGCUUUUCGUAGGGGCUGAUUUGCAGUCCUCGUGAACGGCUGACGCAGGAACGCGCUCCCUCAAUAAAGAUGAGCCCUUUGCUGAA